AUGGUCUCCCCCGCAAGACCCCUCACCAGCUCCAGUGCGCGGUGCGAAGCACCUGACUCAAUUGACGACAAUGCUGCCGCUAUUGCUGAACCCCUGUCUCCGCCACCACCGAUCCCAUCUCCCUGUUCUCCCUCCCUUCCGCCUUCUCGGGGCUCUAAUCUACGAAUCGAAUCGCAGAAUGGAGACUCCAAAGAGCCAUCAGAUCCCUCUCCGGAGCCCCCUUCGUCGUCUACCAAGCCAAUUCAUCGUGUGGAAUACGAGGGCAGGAAGGAUUCUGGUCUAGCUCCAUCAAGGAGAGAUAGUAGAACCACUCUAGCUUCAGACGAACUCUCUGUCCCGAGCCUAAAAUCACCUCCCAGUAUCCCAAGCAUCAUAAUCGAUGAAAAACACGCCCGUCCGAGUUCACGACGAUCAGAGCGGAAAUGGAGCCCCCUCAAAAAACGGAAACCUGAUCCUCUUCCGGCUGUCCCACCCCUUCCACCCCUCGAGCCCGUGCCGUUUCGUGGAAUUACCCUAGAUAUCCCAACUGGUUCCUUUGGAGACCUGACUACGGAUUCCUUAGAAUCAAUUGCUGAAAGCCCAAAUAAUAAUACCGAAAAUCCUUCUGGAGCAGAGGUUGACGGGAGUCAGUCGAAGGAAAAACAGGAUAGCAAAGCGAGUCUCACGAGCGGUGGAGGAAAUAAUAACAAUACUACACUGGGCAUUCACGGCAAAGCCAGGACCGCUACGUCUCUAAGUUCGAGGCAUGUCACAUCAAACAAUUCUCUACGUCCUCGUCCAGUCAGCUCUGCAGCUCGAGCAUUGUCGGUCGAUGAGGAAGUACUAUCACAAAAGGUGCGGCUGAUGUAUGAGAUGGGAGAUGACGACAUCGACGAUGCGAAGAUUAAUGAACUGUUAGGCCUGGAUAAUGAGGAGGCUACACUACAUGAGCCAUCCGCUCUUCCAGCCUCAAGUGACGGUGGUGAAAAGGAACGAGUAAGAUCAUCCACUCCCUCAGUUUCCGGGCAGGGUUCGAGAAGAGGAAGUUUUAUCACAAGAGAGCCAUUUGAGCUUGCUGGCGGGUUAGAGGACUGGGAAAAUAUUCAAGUUGGCGACGUUGACCGAUAUGGUUUCAUCAUUCCCCGACAAAAGGGCGAGGAUACUCCAGACGCACCCCCUCCGGUUCUUCAACGAGUCUCAACGAGCUUACUGCUCGCAUCCACAACUCCGCGCCGGAAGCGUACACUGCGGAGGGAACCUUCUGCUGCGCCUAGCUCCCGGUCCUUUGCCGGCCGGUCUCCGCCUAGGAAAUCGACAGAGCAAUCCCGACCCACAUCUUCCCAGAGCUCCUAUCAAAUAAGCAUUCGCAGAUCAUCCUCGAGAAUGCGAUAUGCGGCAAACAGGCUACCCCAUAACAAAAAUCGCAAAUUCGUUGAUGAAGCUAGUGACAUGUUAACUCUCCCAGGUCAAAUUGUCGAGGAUGAUAACAGCCCACAUGCCCUUGCAAUGAAGAAAAAGGAAUGGGAGAGAGAAGAUAAGUGGAGAAAGAUGGCCAAGGUCGUGUCUAAACCUCAGGACGGUGCUGGUAUGACAUUCGAAUUCGACAUAGAGAGCUCGAAACUUAUCGAACGGACUUGGAAAGGAAUACCCGACAGGUGGCGAUCAACCGCCUGCCCGACAGAUACAGAGCUCAUCCGGACUUUCAAUGAGCUCCAAGAGCUGGGCUCCCCCGACGACGUGCAGAUUGAUAUUGAUGUUCCACGGACGAUUAGUAGCCAUAUUAUGUUCCGUCGUCGCUAUCGAGGCGGCCAGAGGCUUCUCUUCCGUGUCCUUCAUGCGAUGUCCCUCUACUUCCCAGACACGGGGUACGUCCAGGGAAUGGCUGCGCUUGCCGCAACUCUUCUUGCCUAUUACGAUGAAGAGCAUACCUUUGUUAUGCUCGUGAGGCUAUGGCAACUUAGGGGUUUAGAUCGUCUCUAUCGAUCUGGAUUUUCGGGAUUGAUGGAAGCACUUGGUAAUUUUGAGAAGGAAUGGCUUGAAGGGGGUGAAGUUGCUGAGAAACUGACCGAACUUGGAAUUCCCCCAACGGCGUACGGCACCCGAUGGUACCUGACCCUAUUCAACUACUCAAUCCCUUUCCCUGCUCAGCUCCGCGUCUGGGACGUUUUCAUGCUCUUAGGAGACUCAGAGGAACCGAUAUCCACAUCCGCCUCCGCAACCAGAUCCCCAACAAGCUCCCGUAUUGGCACUGGCACUGUAAAUGGCAACGCUGAACCAAACCCGCUAGCAUCGUCAUCGAAGCAACCGCCGCAACCUCUCGCUAGCCCCUUCGGGAAAAGCCUCGAUGUCCUUCAUGCCACCUCUGCUGCCCUUAUCGAUGGGAUGCGCGAUAUCAUCCUAGAAUCCGAUUUCGAGAACGCCAUGAAGGUGCUUACGAGCUGGAUUCCCAUUAAAGAUGUGGAGGUCUUCAUGCGCGUUGCGAGGGCCGAGUAUAAGGUUCAUCGUCGGAAGAAGGGUUGA